AAUCUGCCUGGUAGAGUUGUGCAAUCUGUACUUUCCCUUCUCUUUGGUACACAAACGACUCUAUAAAACACCUAGAGGGCAGAGAGAGGAGAAGUCAAAGUCUGUGACAUUCUUCAGCCUGACAGACAUGAGGAACCUCAUCAACACCAAAGGUGCCCUGGGUCUCAGAAGCCACAUCGUGCUCUGUGCUCUCAUUGGCCUGUUGCUUCCUGAAGUCUUCGCUCGCCCUGGAAGUCCAGAGGAAGAGCUAUCCCAUGUAAAGCUGAGACUCAGCUCUUUAGAGAAUCGCUACAGACACCUGUGUAACCAGUACGCCAACCUGGCAACCAACUGCUCAGGUCCAGAGAUCAAAUGCACGGAGUGUCCUGCCUGGUGGUUUCAGGUUGGGGAUCAGUGCUUCCACCUCAGCACUGACAGGCAGGACUGGGCAAACAGUACAAAGAAUUGUACAGAGAUGGGUGGACAUCUCGCCAUCCUGACCACCAGAGAGCAGCACGAAGCUGUGGAAAAAGAAAGCAGGAGCAUUGGAGGAUUUUACACAGACUACUGGAUUGGACUGACUGACAGUGAGACUGAAGGAGAUUGGAAAUGGGUGGACAACUCGGAACUUAAAACCCCAUUUUGGAACGCGUUGAAAUCAGAGCCGGACAACAACCUGUCCGGUGGGCCGGAGGGAGAGGACUGUGUGGUGGUGGACAGCUACUCUCAGAGCUGGUUCGAUGUUCCCUGCUCCUUCUUGUAUCCCCGAAUCUGUCAGAUGGACGCCACCCCGCUCUCGUGAGCCUCCGCCACCCACAACUGCAGGACCACCACACAUUUAUAAAACACAUUGAUGCUUUAUUACAGUUUCCUUUAAUCUGUAAAACAACACAAUUCUGUCAAAGGAUCCUGUUUUUAUUUGAAGUAAUAAAGUAUCAUCAUCUGUGUACAAAUAA